GCUUGAGGUUUCGAUGACCAGGGAGCGAGAUAUGCUAUGCCUGGCUCUCGAUCAGUUGUUUCUCGCCCUAAACCGCCGGCGGGUCGUCCCCUUAUAUACACGGGUUGACGCCCUGCGGCCUACAGAGUCCCAGCCGGCUCAUAAACAGUGUCCGACUCGGCGACUAGUUACUUCUACCUUACAGUACAAGUUAUACCAUCAUGGCGGUUUAUCUUUACGGGCCUCAGAGUCGCCUGUGGGCCUUUAAGCCUUUUAAUGAACCGUCAUCUUCAUGCAUUGGUCUUAAGUUUCUGAUGAACCUCUAUUUGCGUAAUCCGGCCUCUCCUGUAUGGCUUACACAAAUAGUCAUAUCCCCAACACACAUGAAGGUGUCGUAAGCACCAUCAUUAGAUGAAUCGCCAUGGGAGGCGGCGACGGCAACCAAGAGGAGAAGCAGCAGCAACUGCUGCUGGUUGCUUAGCAAGAGAUGCAUGGCUGCUUGGGUAGCUAGCGAAGUCAGCAGUAGUGUUCCAUUCUCUGCUUUGAUCUUCUAAGUUUAAACUGGUGCUUUGCUGCCUACCCCCAUGCCUUUGUUUACGAGUUGCGAGGGCUCUUGGUCCUGGAUAGAAGUUUCGGGGAAGGAUGGGCAUGAUCUUGCUGGUCAUCGAUACGUAUCUUGGCGCCAGACUAGUCAGUCGUGUGCCAUCUCUAUCUCUCGAGCUUGUUCCGUUGAGAGUUGAGACUAGUGUGCGUGUAUAAUUUGACUGAUUUACACCCACAUAAUAAUUUCCUGAGACCGACAUUUCCUUCCGUUCCCAAUGACAAUUGUCUAUUUUGGAAUUGCUAAGUGCAUACAUUUAAGCGACACACUUCAACCAACCUUGGAAUGCUAAAACUAGAUUUGAAAAGAAGUACAGUAAAACAAUCGAGAGCAGGAUGCAACUGUUGGUUUGAUCUGAUGGCUUAAGCAGGCCACUUAGAUCUAUUAGUCUAACAAAAAAAAGAUGCAGGGAUAACGAUAAGUGAAGGGGUCCAUGUACAUGAGUCUCGAUCAGAACUAACGCGUCCUGAUCGGGGGCGCCCAAAAACCAACUCAAGUUUUACGUCCCCUGUCGCCAGCGCCAUAUUAAAAAGGAUACGGGAGAGAGCUGGCCACAUGCGAGAUCACAAUUCACGUAAAGGUUUACUCUCCUCCUGAUAUUCUCUCACCCCAUCCGAUCAGGGGGAGUGCUGCAGCGACGGGAAGACCUAAGCCUGCCGCCGCCGCUGUCCCUGGGCAGUGCCAGUGGCGCCCUAAAGGAAUCAGGACGUCGAGGAGAACCUCUACUUCGACUACAUCACCCCUGCAUCAAGCCUGCACCAAGCAGGCGAUCAUGUCCACUGCCGUGACAUCUUUCGCUCCAUUCCGGUCCAACACGAUCGAACCACUUACGGGGAGUAACUUCCCUUGUUGGAAGUCCCAAGUCGAAUUAUGUUUAGGUUGUAAUGAGUUUGACUAUGCCUUGAGGGAAGAAAAACCUAUGGCACCUGUGGCAGGUGUUACAGGGUAUGCAGAACUAAAGAAAGACUAUGAUGUUAAGAUGGAAAAGUGGAACAAGUCCAACCAUAUUGCGCUUCUCAUCAUGAAAGCGACAAUAUCGCCGGACAUUUCUGAAGCACUCCCUAAGAAAGACACUGCUAAAGAAUUCCUCACUGAAAUGGAGGAGCAAUUUAAAGGCUCCGACAAAGUGUAUGCUCAUGAGCUUUUUGCUAAGCUUCUUCAGAAAUACACUAUUGACGAAAACGUUAGGCAACACAUAUUGAGGGUGGUAAAUGCUUACACCAAACUUAAGGCUUUGGAGUGUUCUUUAAGUGAAGCCCUUCUUGUCAUAAUUAUUCUUGAGUCUCUUCCAGAAGAGUUUGAACAAUUUAAGGUCAACUAUAACUCUCUAAAGGAAAAAUGGCAACUCUCUGAGAUGACCGCAAGGAUCGUCCAGGAGGAAGAGAGAAUCAUGAGGCAGAAGAAAGACCAUGUUUUUCAUGUUGGCUCUAACAAGAGAAAGCAUGACGGGCAAGGUUUUCCCAAGCCUCAGAAAAAGCAAGUCAAGAAAGAAGGCACUAAGCCAUUCAACCCUAAGGCAUUCAAGGGUAAAGAAGUCGACAGUUCUUCUUCUGCUCCUAGCAGCUCCACUGCUGGAGAAAAUGCUUGUAACUUCUGCAAAGAGGAUGGACACUAUCAAAGGGACUGCCCAGGCUUUCUAAAAUGGAUGAACAAAAGAGGGAUUCGAUACGAUCCAAACUAUAAGAGGAGGAACAAGAAAGCUUAAGGUUGCGAACGGAGUUGAGGCCGAUGUUGAAGCUGUGGGAUCUCUCACGUUGGAGCUACACACUGGCCACACUCUUAGAUUGAAUAAUGUUAUUUAUGUGCCUACCUUAAGUAGGAAUUUGAUUUUAGUUUCUCGUUUAGAUGAUGAUAUGUAUGAGUGCCAUUUUGGCAAGAAAACAAUUUGCUUUGAUCAAAUGUAAUAAGAAUAUAGGCAUCGGUGUUAGAUGAGGCCAACUAUACAUGUUAUCUCUUAAUAAUGAUUCAG